AGGAAAAACGCUUUUGACUGAAUCAUUUUCUUCUACGACUUCACGCCUACUGUUGAUCACGUGCAUCCACACUCGUUAAGUCAACAUUCGCAGACAUUCACACCCGCACAUCCCCAAUGAGCGCAAUCAUGGCUAUUGUGUACGGCAUCAACCCACUUUACGUGGUGGCGAGCGCGGUUGCGCAGCAGGUGCUGGCGAUGGCGUGGUACGGCUGCAUUGUGCGCCACAUAGACCGCUACUACCUCGCCGCGGAUAAGGGUGUGCGCCGCUUUGAGCACGUGGUCCAGCGCUACUCGGGCUUCAUGGUGUCCGCCACAAACUUCCUGUGCUCCGUGCUGCGCACGAUUAUCCUGCUCGCUCUGGUGAGCGUUUUCCACUUCCAAACGCUGACCGAGUACCAGACAGCUGCCAUGGUGACGGUGGCGCUUGGCAUGCCACGCGUGAGCCGCCUCUUUUCCUGCCAGCGCCCCAUUCAACUCUUCAUCACGGAGACCGGUUAUGAGGUGGCGGCGGCCAUGACUGCCGCUGUGAUCAGCUACUCCAUGAAGGCGUACAAGUUUUAAUUCUUUUCUUUUCUCUUUUUAGUAUGAUCUCUCCCCCCUUUCUAGAGCACUCGUAUUUGUACUUGUUUAGUUGUUUUCGCCUUUACAUAUCCCAAAUAGAUGCACGCGGUUCAUGCGGUUGCGUUUCUUUUAUGCUGCAUAUGUCUUUUAUAUAUUUUUGUGCUACAACGGAUGAGGGGGAAAAAAAAAAUGAAAUUUCCAUAGAGGAAAGAAAGUGUAUUUUUUUCCCAUUGGCCGUUGGAUGGAUGUGAACUUGAAUACAUGGAUGGAAAACGAGGUGAAGAGGUGUGGGGGAAGUGGCAGAGCAAACUAAAGGUGACAGAAGGAUGUGGAUGUGCGGACUGAAACGGGAACCCGAUGGUAGCCCUUGGCAACUGGGUUUCUUGUCACUGCUUCACUCAGUUUUCUUCUGCAGCAGCCUCGACGCGUUACCUCUUCGUUCUUCUGCUCGCAAGAAGGUUUCAACGAGCGGUGUUCUUCUUUUCUUUUUCGUUUACUUGUGUACCGAGAUGGCGGUGGUCGUUGCCGCAUUCGGCAUCACGUCUGCGGUGCAUCGUGCCGACAAUGACGGCCUCCGUUGCUUCACCACUGAGGUCUUUUUCCCCUUCUUCUCUCGCAUGGAUCCAGUAAUAAGAACAACUGUUCCUUUUUUUUCCUGAAUGCACUCUGCGUCAAUGUCUACAUUCUGCGAGAGAUGUGUGAAAGAAGAUCAUAGAUAUUCGUCGAGUGCGGAAGGAAAUUACAUGGAUUAUCAAGACGUUACGUUCCCUUUCUUCUCGCUGAAAAGCCGCCGUUUCUUUUUCAAUGCCUGUAUUCAAAUGCGCUCAUCAAGUGUACAGCGAGCAAGAGUGGAGGGUCGGUGAUGGUUGGCACGUUGAAAGCCAAGUACCUAUAUAUUAGACAUUUUGUGUAGAGCU